GCAGUUUAGGAAGAUCCAAGCCACAGGGCCAAGUCCCUAAGAUGCUUCAGGGACCACGGUGACAUUCUGCUCGGCGCCGCGGGCAGGCCAGAACCUCGGGUGAGAAAGACAGGGCACCGUGCAGAAGCCAUCGCCCCCUGCAGAGCCGCCAGCGCGUCUGGAUGGAAGGAGCCGCGACCCCAGACGCAGGCUCGAUGGAGCCAUUCGCCCUCCCGGGCCUGCUCUUCACCGUCACCCUGCUGCUCCUGGCCCUGCGCCUCCUCACCCAGCGCACCAGGCGACCUGGUGAACCUCCCCUGAUAAAAGGCUGGCUUCCUUAUCUCGGCAUUACUCUGAAGCUCCAAAAGGACCCGUUAGCUUUCAUAAAGACUCUGCAAAGGAAAUACGGCGACACUUUCACUGUUCUGAUUUCAGGGAAGUAUAUAACGUUUGUUCUGAACCCCUUCCAAUACCAUCUCAUAAGGAAAAACCCCAAACAAUUCAGCUUUCAGGAGUUCAGCAGACAGUUAUCAUCGAAAGCCUUCUCCAUCAAGAAGCUGGAAAUUGAUGAUGACCUUAAUGAAGACAUUCACAGAACCUACCUGUUUCUACAAGGCAAAGCUUUGGACAGUCUCCUAGAAAGCCUAAUCCAACAACUAAAAGAAAUUGUUGAGCCACAACUACUAAAAACCACAGAGUGGAAUACAUCAAGACUGUUUCCAUUCAUUAGCUCACUGGUAUUUGAGACCACAUUUACGACUAUAUAUGGAAAACUUCUUGCUGGUAACAGGAAGAAAAUUAUCAGUGAGUUAAGAGAUGACUUUCUGAAAUUCGAUGACAUCUUUCCAUACUUAAUAUCCGAUAUACCCAUUCAGCUUCUAAGACAUGUGAAAUCUAUGCAGGAGAAACUUAUAAGAUGCCUCAUGUCAGAAAAACUAGAUCAGAUGCAUGGAUGCUCAGAAAUUGUUCAGGAAAGGAAAGAGCUUCUGGAAAAACACUAUGGGCGUGAAGACUUAGAAAUAGGAGCCCAUCAUCUUGGCUUUCUCUGGGCCUCUAUGGCAAACACCAUUCCAGCUGUGUACUGGGCAGUGUAUUAUCUUCUUCGGCACCCAGAAGCUGUGGAAGCGCUGCGUGACGAAAUUGACAGCUUCCUGCAGUCAACAGGUCAAAAGAAAGGGCCUGGACUUUCCAUCCACUUCACCAGAGAACAAUUGGACAGCUUGGUCUGCCUGGACAGCACGGUCCUCGAGGUUCUGCGGCUGUGUUCACACUCCACCAUCGUCAGGAAAGUUGAAGAGGAUAUGAAUUUCAACUUAGAGACCAGCAACUACUGUCUACGAAAGGGAGACUUUGUGGCUAUCUUUCCUCCCAUCCUGCACAUGGACCCAGAAGUCUUUGAGGCUCCAGAGGAAUUUAGAUUUGAUCGAUUCCUAGAAGAUGGCAAGAAGAAAACAACAUUUCUCAAGGAAGGGAAAAAGCUGAAGUAUUAUGUUAUGCCAUUUGGAUUUGGAGCCAGCAAAUGUCCAGGCCGAUAUUUUGCAAUUAUUGAAAUGAAGCUACUAUUAGCUAUACUUUUAACUUAUUUUGAUUUAGAAAUAAUUGACAAGGAGCCUGUAGGACAAAACCACAGUCGUUUGUUGUUCGGUAUUCAGCAACCCGAUUCUGAUGUCUCAUUCAGGUACAAGGCAAAAUCUUGGAAAAGCUGAAAUGAUGGCAGAGAAACUUAAUCAGAGUGAGGCUACGUGCGCUGAGCUCUGUGGUUUGUUGUACGCCUGCAAAUGCGACAGCUAUGCUUCUUUGUUUGAAAAUGGCAAAUUUACAUUUGAUCUGAGAUUGAUUCAGUUUGUUCUUGGUCACGAAGCCUAUCAUAAGAUAAAGCAAGGCGGUGACCUAAAAACUGUCGGGGCAGUCAUUUCAGGGUAAGUUCGAAGUAACAAUUUCCACUUUGUACUUACUGUGCUUUUUAUCAUUGGUUGUGAAUGUGCUCUUCCAGUAAUAAAUUUGGCCCUGGGUGAUUUUUUUUUAAGUUACUGAAAUACUCUAAUAGGAUUGUAUGUACUGCUGGAAAAGUGUGUCUUUGGACAGCCAAACAACUUCCAAAUUCUCAGAAGAGAGGAAAAUUAAUUCCCAGGAGUUACACUGUAUGAAAUGUUCCCUUCAAGUGGAAUAUCAAUAAUGUCUAUAUUACCAGCGUACCUUUGCAUUAAAUGAGUGUUACAAUAGAUUAAAUGUUCCAACUUCCCUUCAAUAUUUAACUGCCCAUAAAUGAUUUUUAUAACUUGUGUAUUCUACAUUUCAAUAGAACAAAAUUUCUUGUUAUACAAAAACCUUUCGUGUUCAAGUUAAAUACUGCUAAAAUUUCAUAUAUAAGAAAACACAAAACCUAUUAUGUAUUCAGCAAUUGCUCUAGACAUUAGUAUUAGAUUUAUUUUAGAGGGAAAUGUUGAAGUCAUUAUAGCAUUGAUGGUAGUAUUGGUCUUUAGUAUAAACUGUGUAAUUCUAAUUGUAAUGAACUCUUUAAUAAAUGUUCCAAUUUA